AUGGGCAACACCAUCAUUGACCACGUCAUUUCUGUGGAGAAGCUCCCCGAUGACGGCAAGGUGUGGGUCGAGUCCAAGCAGAAGUUCGUUGGAGGGCAGGGCGCCAACGCCGCCCAAGGGAUGGCGAAACUGGGCCUGGACGUGGCCUGGCUCUCCAGGCUCGGGGACGACGACGACGGCCACAACGCGCUGCGCCACUUCAAAUCCUGCGGGAUCGACACGUCGCUGUGCAUCGAAGUUGCGCGAGCGCACACGAUGUCGGCCAUCGUCACCAUCGGCCGGGAGUGCAUGAAGCGGUGCUGCUACAUGCACAAGGACGAACGCCUGCUGGAGUAUGACAUCUCGUCACAUAUCUGCAACAUCGACGUUCAGGCGUUCGAGGUGCUCUACACGGAUGGGCAUCAGACCGACCUGGCUCUUCCGGUCGUCCAGAAAGCCACGGCGCGCGGUGUCCCGGUCAUUGCUGACAUCGAAGUCCUGGACCAGGAUUGUCGGGCGCUCGCAAAGUUGGCAAGCCACGUCAUUGCGCCACUCGAGGUGUUGCAGGAACUCUCCGGAGAGGCGGAUCCUGAACGUGCUGUGAGAGCUUUGUCUGACGUCGAGGGCAAGACCGUGAUUGCCACGGCCGGGCUCGAUGGCUCCUAUGGCACCAGCUUCGAAGAUCAAAACGUGCAUCACGUGAAGGUGAGGCCAGAAUGCCAGGCAUUUGACACCCUGGGAGCUGGCGAUGCUUACCAUGCGGGCCUCUUGGCCGAAUGGUCUUCUGACCCUGCGCUGGGAGCCGUGAAGGCCAGCAAGGAAGGCCUGAAAGAGCCCUGGAGAAGGAGCGGUGAAGGCCAGGAAGGCCUGAAAGAGCCCUGGAGCCGUGAAGGAAUAUUCUAUCUGCUGGUUCUGCAAGGAGCCGUGAAGGCCUGA